AAAAAAUUUCCAUAGUUGUACAAUAUAUACUCUUUAUUAUUUAUAUAAAAUUUAUUCUUCUAUCUUUUAUACGAAAUUUUAAUACGUAAAAAAUGUUAUGAGAUUUUGAAAGUUAAAAGAAAUCAUGCAUGGUCAGUUCUUUCGAUUCAUAAUCUAUGACAAAAUUAAAACAGACCCUUUAAUGUUAAAUAUAAUAAAUACGAUAAAUGCAAAAAUAUAUCAAAUAAAUAUUUUAAUAAAAACACAAUAAAGAAAGGCAGAGAUUUAUGAAACGAAAAAUACAAGUGGAAGAACAAAUGAUUUUUCUCAGAAAAACUCAUCCAGUUUCCUAUCUUAUAGUAUCAUAACUACUGUCUUUGUUUUGAAAUUUCAAACCGGUUAACGUUGUAUGUAUUGGGUUAUAAAAUAUUGUGUGUGUAUAAGUUCAGUUAAUACAGACUUGGUGUAGUAUUAAUUGUCAAAUAAAUUCUAUAUUAAAACCAUUGUUUUAAAGAAUCGUUCAUUUUGAUGAACAUAUAUAAUGGCAAUAAGCACGUAUUUUCAUCGCAAUGUACUUCUUUUAACGCAAGUAAUUCCAACGAGUGAUGAGUUUAAACUACACUUUCACGAGGGAAUGUUUGACAAACCUAAUACGAUUGGAUUUAUGCAUGUUUCACAAUAUUUAUUGACAAUAUAUGAUUUAGAGCGUUUUAAAAAAUUAAUUCAAUGGCCAGUAACAUGCAAAAAAACAGAAGUCAAAUAUCGUAAUAAUGUUAAAGAUUAUUUAAAUCAAAUAGCAAAUGAAAAUGUUGAUAUCGAUUUUCCUCCUAUUCUUACUUCUUAUUUGGUUCGUGCUCAUGGUACAAAGUUUACAAUUAUUAUGUGGAAACUCUCUAUAGUAGUGUUAAGGACUUAUAUUAAGAGGAAUUGUGACCCAAAUAUUUUCUAUGCACCACGUCUAGGUCCUACAAAAGAAUUGAUAAAAACAACUCUUCAAGGAAUAAAUAAAGAUAAGAUUUCUAGUAUCACGUCUCAUCAUAGAAAUAUAAACAAAAUGAAAGAAACAUCAAAAAUGAUUAUGGCGGAAGAAAAAGAAACCUUAGCUAAUAUAAAACAAGAACUUUUUGAAAAUAAACAAUCCAUGUUAAAUCUGAUAUCUGAAGCUCCAGUUAAUUCUAGCAUAAAAGAGUGCUUAGCAAAUAUUGAAAAUACAGAAAUUAUACAGUUAUGGAAAGAAAAUAUAACUGAAAAUUUAUCAUAUAUAAGAAGGAAACAAAAGAUUUUCAAGGAUGUACAAACUCUUAGUAAUAAAAUUACUAAUAUGGUUUCCAGUAUAAUUGGUGGUUCCGAGAUAUUAGAUGCACAGCAACUUGGAAAAGUACAUUCUUCUACAAUUUCAUUGCUUCCAUUAUCAACAAGUACGCAGUAUCUUCUUCAUCAUUUGUAUAUAAAUGACAAACUAAUGUUACGUAAUUUUAUUGAAUUAUUGAAUUUCUUGUUGUGUCAAGCAUACCAAUGCUUAAAGAAAAAUGAAUUGAAAGAUAUAUCAAAGUGCCUUCUGCAAAUAGAGGCUAGCCAAGAAGAUAUAAAAUCUGGAAUAAAAUCAUUUCAGAAUUUAAGAACAAAUAUAGAAAGUAUUUCAAAUAAUUUAAAAUCACAUUUUUAUCAAAAGAAAAUGAAUGAAACAUAUCAAGAAAACAUUUCAGCAUUGGAAAAUAUUGUUUUUUCUUCAUCUCCAGUAAUAACAAUUAAUACCAAUUGUCGUGAUGAAGGAAAUGAUGUACUAAAGAGAUUAGAACUUACACCGAUAGAAGGUGCACACAAAUCAUUAUUUUCCAGAUACAAACGACAACAUGGCAAUACUAAUUUAUCUGUUUCACAAUUAAGAACAAAUUUGUUAGUAUCACGAAUUAAUUUUGAUGAUACUUUGUCUUUAAAUAACAGUGAUAAAAUUUCACAAGCUCACUCAUCUAUACCUAAAACAAAUUCAUUAUCUAUUAAACAUACAGGGAAAUAUUCACGUUUAUUUUUAUCAUAUGCAAAGAAGCCCAGUGAAAGAGGUAACUGUAGUAUAAAUUCUAUAUCACAUUCUAUAAAAGCUAAUUCUACUACUAUAACAAAUACAGAAGGAGAAGCACAUAAUACGUCACAAUUUAGUCUUAGAAAUACUACAAAGAGCUUUUUUGAUCUUAGAGAAGUAAUAAUACCUGAAAAAUUUAAUACAAUAAAUCAAUUAAAAUCUCAAUAUGUUCUCAAAGAGACUAACAAUUUACAUAAUGAUCAAUGUGAAAUGGAUAAUGAAACUGAAGAAGAUAAUCUAACCAAUAUUAAAGAUAAUAUGUCUGUUAAUAUUAAAGACAUAACAAAAAAAAGAAGAUCCAUCAGUGAUUUAGUGCAACGUUAUAAAAAAGUAUUAGAAAUUACUAAAGAAAAUAUAGAAUGUGAAAAUUAGAUAGAUAUAUCCUUUAUCAUAUAUCAUAAUAGCUAAGGAUAGA